AUGUGCAACAGUACAAACUGCCUUACAUCUAGUACAAUUUCCUCAAUCUAUCUUCCUAUAGCAUAUGCACUAAUGUUAUUACCUAGCCUUUCUGGAAAUAUCAUCUCACUCUGGAUAUUUAGAAGCUUAAGCAAAAAGACAUCAACACACAUCUAUCUGAUUAAUCUUGCCAUCUCAAAUGUGGCAGUCUCGAUUGGCAUUCCCUUUCAAAUUGCCUAUUACAGACAAGCAUACUACUGGCCUCUCAACUCUGCACAAUGUGUAAUCGUAUUCCAAGCAAGUAGCAUUCUCACGCAUAGCAGCAUGUGUGUGAGCAUCACCAUUUUCUGUUGGAUUGCCAUCAGUCGCUAUGCUACACUGGUAAGACACAAGGAAUGGCCACAGAAUAUUACAAAAACCACCUAUGAAAAAGCCAUCUUUGGACAAAUACUAAAAACCUUCCGGAACCCUAAAUCUGCCAGUUAUCUGUGUUUAGGUGUAUGGCUCACUUUCUUAUGUCUGAGUAUUACAUUGAUUAUAGUAAACCAGGAUUUUGUGUCAGAGAAAUGUUGUUUUGAUAAAGAAGCAGACAUUGGUGAAUUCGCAUUAAAGGUAUCCACAGCUGUAGAGUCAACAUGCUUUUUCUUAUUCUUCUCAACUGUAUUGCUGUUUUACUAUUUCUUUAUAAAGCAUCUAAAGACUAUUCAAGCAAAUAGCUGUAUUGGAGAAAAGCAUUUAAUCUACAGCAGAGUGAAAAAUAAUAUUAUUGUUAUUGUGGUUUUAUUAUUUGUCUGCUUCACUCCAUUCCAUAUCUCAAAGUUGCUCCUUGUGGGAUUUGACUACUCGCUGGGAUGUCCACAGUUUAGUCUGCUAGUGGAAAUCAAGAAUAGUUGUCUGUGCCUAGCAGAAUUAAGAAGUUGUACUGACCCCAUUGUUUAUUUUUGCUUAGAUGAUUCUUUUAAGAAGAAUGUACAACUACUUUUCAAAAAACAAUCUACAGAUGAAGAGGGAAAUUCAUCCACAGUAAACAAAUAUUCCACUACACAAAUGCCAACUGUAACUGGGUUGGGUGAUGCAAAGCACUGGUAGAUGAGAGCAAAAUCAAUAACUACAUGAAGAAAAGGAACAGACAAUCUGGAACAAUUUGGAACAGAGACAUAGAAAUAUUUACUAUAAUAUACGUAAUUUAAGACGAGCAUACACUAUACAAUUAUCUGCCAGGUCAGGCUAGUUGGAAUGAAAAU